ACUUUUUUAAAUAAAAAAAGUCAGCAACAUGAACUACGAACCAAUGGAUGUUGAUGUAAGCAACAAUUCAGAAAUUGCUAUGGAUAUUUCAUAUGAAACGCACAAUGUAAACUGUGAUUCUCCUACAAUAAAUACAAGGGAAAAGAUUUCCAAUACAUCUUUAACAGAUGACAUAAAUCUCAAUGCCUUAAUUAUUAAGCAGCCGGAAUUUCAAACUGUAAAGAAAUAUCAUAUAACCAUUAAAAAGUCAAAUAAUUCUAGACAAAUUUAUAUAGUUCUUUCAUGUUUAAUUAUUACUUUUCUCUCAAUUAUUGGAUAUCAAAUCCUAAAUAUUCAGUGUUAUAAUGAAUUUAGCAUAGAACAUCUGAAAGGAAAUCUACACAGUGUCAUAUAUGGCCAAAGAGAAGCUAUAGAUAAUAUAAUCAGAACAUUAGAAAGUGAUUCAGAACGCAAGAUAUUAUUUUUGUAUGGUGGUACAGGUGUUGGAAAAACCUAUACAGUAUCUAUAUUACUGGCAAAUGCAUGGAAUUAUUCAAAUAUAUAUCACUACACUAUGCCUAGCUUUAAAACUGUGUUUUCAACAGACAUGAUGAUAGGUUUGACGAUAUGUAAAUCAGCAAUUUUAGUAGUUGAUGACAUUAAUUAUCAUGACAUAUAUGUCAAAAUUCAUGUGAAGAGCAUAAUGAAGAAAAGUGAAGAAUUGGGAAGAAAUGUCACUGUGAUAUUAAUUUAUAACUAUACAAAAAAUAAUAAAACAUAUGACAGUAUGUUUAGUAAACAGUUGUUACAGAAUUUUUCAGAUGUAAGUGCAUUGAAGCAAGUUAUAAGAUUUGAAUCAUUAACAGCUGAUCAUUUGAAAAAGUGUAUAGAACAUGAGUUGGGUGAUCGAAAGUUGAAUGAAUAUGAGUUUCAAAGUAUACUCAAAAAUUUUAAUGUUAUGACAGAUGGUUGUAAAGGUGUGUACAAGAAAAUGCACUAUCUAAACAUUGUAUAAGGUAUGUGCCAUCAUUUUUCUAGGUAGUGUAUAUAGACAGUAAAUGUAAUAUUAAAAAGUAAAUUUUAUGUAUAUUAUUAUUAGUGUAUAUUUGAUUUAAUUGUAUAUGUAAAAGUAUGACUGCCAAUAAAAAAUUUUUCAUAGAUCAAAAGAACUUUAUUUUAGAGAAUGUUACAUGAUAAUCGGCAAUGCAGAGGUUCAAGAAAGUAUUUUGAAUACAAAUAGAUUUACUGACAACUCUUUAAUACAUCUACACUUUCACAUUUGGAAAUUAGUCUACAAAAACUUAGCUUUCAUUAUAAUAAAGAGCAAAUUCUAACUUAAAUUUGUGGUGCAGGAAAAUAUUAAAUACCAAAUUAUUUUCUAACUAUAAAACACAAAAUUCUUUCAUCCACAUAUUAAAACAGUGGUGCAAUAUUGAUCACAUCUUUGACUAAAAUAUUUUUACAUUCCUUUUAAAUAUAAGGUAAUCUAAUAAUAACUUGAAUAUAAUGCUGAAAACAGGCUUACAAAUAAAACCAAUGCAACAUAGAUAAUUAACUUUUUUUUUAAACUAAUGCAAUUAAUUCUAGCUGAAUGGUCAAAAUUUUAUAGUAUUAAAAGAUUUCAGCGAGUAUAAUAUUAUUAAUAAAAUAAUAGAACAAAAACAUAUGUAUAUAUCUAAUAAUAAGUAUAUGAAAGAUUUAUACCACAUUGCACUGCACCCAUAUUAUAUAAUCUACCUAUAUAAUCACCAUGAAACCAUUUGGAACACAUUAUGGGCAUUGAGCAUAGUGGUGUCGAGUCAUUCAAUACAAAUUAGAUUACAGUUACCCAUAUGUGUAUUCAAAUGGUCCCUCAGGUAAUAAAAGUUUAAGUAAGUACAAUAUUAAAAAUAACAAAUUUAAUUACUUUAGCAUUUUAUUGUUUAAGAGAUAGUAAUAAAAAAGCAGCCAAUAGAAAAAAGUUGGAAUAUUAUUUAAAAAAGCUCCCCUAAAUGUUAAAGCCAGUGAGAUAAAUGCAUGCAAACAGUUAAAUGUGCACUAUUAACAAUUUGCGGAGAGCCGAUAUAUUUUUAAAGAUAAUAUUCAAAUAUUAUGAUUAUAAUGGUUGGUAUUCCAUUUUAUAUUUAUUAUUGUUUGGAACACUGCUGAGGGAAGACAAUACAAAGUAGGUACAUUUAAAUUAUUCCUUUAUUUGUGAAUAUAUCUGGAAGAUUAGGUUUGUGCAUGUUGUAUUGCAUGAUGUAGUCAUAAAUAAUUGAUCUUAUAAGUUUGUUUGCCAGUAGUAAUACAAUAGAUUUCAACAAGAAUGUAAGUUAUAUUAAAGUUAAUAUGUAUAAAAUUUACUGUACUAAGUAUAUUUAAAAUUUGAUGAUAGAUUUAAAAAUGUGCUGGCGAAAUUUCGUAAAUAUUCAUGAAUAAUAAAAGAAAUAUAUGUUACAUUGACAUUCAAUUACAAAGAAAACAAGUUCUUAAUUUUACCAUUCAGUUAGGUUCAAAAUGCACAAAGGUCUACGAUGUGGACACACACGCAAAAACGUGUCGCUUGAGGAUAGUUCAUCAACAAACGCUAGACCUACUUACUGUGUUAUGGCAAAUACUGGAUACUAGGAACUAAGGCGCUGUGCUUCAUUGUGUCCAAGUAUUUUAGAUUAUGACCUUGAAACACUAAUUGUAAGUAAAUUUUGUAUUGUAUUGUAAAUCUGAAAAUGUCUAAGACAAUAUUCAACUUAAUGAGCAGCACCUUAUUACUUUGAGAGGCAAGAACCUAAAU